AUGAGCUUAAUAAUUUUUGUUGUUCUUCUAAUUUUGUGCUUGUCGCUUGUUCGCAAAUGGGUAAAUAAAAAGUUUAGCUAUUGGACAGAUCGAGGAUUUAUGCAAGGUGAUCGAGCAUUCCCUUUAGGAAGUUUAGGUGGAGUUGGAACUAAAAUGAUAAUUGCUGAGAAAUACGAUUAUUAUUACAACAAAUUUAAAGGAAAAACUCCUGCUGUUGGACUUUAUCACUUCUUAUCGCCGGUUUUACUUGUAAUAGAUACAGAACUAAUGAAAAAUAUUUUAGUUCGUGAUUUUACAUCUUUUCAUGGACGUGGAUUGUUUAUCAAUAAAGAAGACAAUCCAAUCGGUGUAAAUACCUUCACAUUGAGUGGACAAGAAUGGCGUGAUCGUCGUGUAAAGUUAACACCAAUUUUCACUUCUGGAAAAAUGAAAAUGAUGUUUGAGCUUUUAGAUGUAUUAGGCGACAAAUUAGUUCGGAUUCUCGAAGAUCAAUUACAGUACACUCACGAAUUAGAGAUGCGUAGUUGGCUUCAAAGGUUUACAAUAGACACAAUAGGAAAUGUUGCUUUUGGUAUUGAGCCAAAUGCUCUUGAACAUGAAAAUUCAGAACUUGCUUUUUACGGAAAGAAAAUGUCAAAUAUAACUUUUUUAGGAAUUGUAAGAUUUAUGAUAGGAAGUGAAUGGCCAAGUCUAGCUAAAAAGCUUAAAAUUGGAUUUACUCCUAAAGAUGUAAAUGAUUAUUUUUUGAAAAUUUUUGUUGAAACUUUGGAACGUCGUGAAAAGAGCCAAAUCAAGCGAAAUGACUUUGUUUCACUUCUUUUGGGACUCAAAGAUGAUUACACUAAUGAAGAACUUGCUGCUGAAGCAUUUAUUAUAUUCUUUGGAGGAUUUGAGACAUCAAGUUCAUUAAUGACUUUCUUACUUUAUGAACUUGCACUUAAUCCAGAUAUUCAGGAUAGGCUAAGAGAAGAAAUAAUGACAGGAAUCGAAGAAAACGACGGAAUAUUGACUUAUGAUAUACUUUUUGGAUUUAAGUAUCUUGACAUGAUUGUAAAUGAAGGUUUGAGGAAAUACCCACCAAUUCCAACAACAAUGAGAAAAACGAACAAAGAAUAUCCAAUUCCUAACACAAAACUUGUUAUUCCCGAAGGUGUCAUAAUUCCUGUAAAUUCAUUUUCAUUUCAACGUGAUCCGGAAUAUUUUUCAGAUCCUGAGAAAUUUGAUCCUGAAAGAUUCAAUGAAGAAAACAUAAAAAAAAUUAAGCCAUUCACAAAUAUUCCCUUUGGGGAAGGUCCCAGAAUAUGCUUGGGAAUGAGAUUCGGUUUAAUGCAAUCUAAAAUCGGAAUAACAAAGAUGAUUAAAAGCUUUGUAAUUCAACCUUCUGAAAAAACUCAAAUUCCCAUCAAAUUAAACUUAGGAAAUCCUCUUUUGGCACCUGAGAAGGGAAUGUGGUUGAAAUUUACUAAAAUUUGA